CCAGUGGAAAGGAGAAGGCUGUUGUGCCGGUCGUGUUGCUCUGUCGCUCAGCGUUUUAGCUGCGGGGCUCUAUUUGGUUCCGUCUCCCUCCUGGCGCGUCGGAGUCGGACCUUAGCCUUCGAUCCGGCACCAGUCGUUGCGGGACCAGGGAGAACCGUGAUCGGUGACUGCCGGGGGCGAAGAUGCCGGUCUUAUGGGACACCUUCUCCUCUUCACUGCCUCCCAUUCCGGAGCAAAGAGAGAACCAGCCUCCCUUCGCUUGGGAGAAGGGCGCUUACCAAGAAGUCGCCACUCGCGCUGCUGGGCUGGAGACCUCGGAUUGCGAGUCCCUGGAUAGCAGCUUGAGUUCCGAAGGAGAUGCCCAGGAAUAUCUGGAUGAAGUAUCCUUGCCGGACUUUGACUUGCUGAACGACCCCGGGGACGAGCUGCUGUGUGCCAACCUGAUGAAGCUGAUCCAGCUCAGCCUGAACAAAGCCAAGAUCCACUCCAGCCGCUCCUGCAAGCUCCUCAUGCCAAACCAGCUGGUCACCCAAGUAGGCAAGGAGCUGCUUCACUUGGCCUAUAGAGAGCCCUGCGGCUUGAGGGGGGCCCUCAUUGACCUGUGUGUGGAACAAGGGAAGGGGUGCCAUAGGGUGGGGCAGAUUGCCGUGGACCCCAGCCUAGUGCCCACCUUCCAGCUGACCCUUAUUUUGAGACUGGAUUCCCGCCUGUGGCCUAAGAUCCAGGGACUCUUUAGCUCUGGCUCUGCUUUCUCUCCUGGUUUCAGCCAAUCCCUGAAGCUCAGCACAGGCUUCAGGGUCAUUAAAAAGAAGCUUUAUAGCUCUGAACAGUUGCUUAUAGAGGAGUGUUGAAGUUGUCACCCGUUGCUCCUGGAGGAUGAAACUGAGCAUUUAACUUUCCUUAAGAUGGUGGCCAACACCGAACAAAACUGGGAAGCCAUCUUACUUAAAGGGCUGUGGAACAUAAGCUGGUUUUGAGAUGUGGAUCCACAGCUGCUGUAGGUUAGAUUAGACAGAAGUUUUGAUUUACAGAGGUAGUAGGCAGGUAGUCUAUAAAGAAGAAGGCAAGACUUGAGAAUAAAACCGCACUCUUUUGCUUUUUUAGUAACUUUGACAGAAACAAACAAAAAGCCCACUCCUGACUAGGCCUGGACACUGUGCUAGCUUUAAAACUGGUCAGGUUAUGGGAUAGUUUUUCUCUUGACUGACUUUAAAAAGUACUUUUCCUGACAGCUGAUGUGAUGACUGCAGCCGGGCUGCCACCGGGGGCACGUGAAGGUGGCCCCUUUUUUUGUAAGCUGUUUGUUUGUUUGUUUUUGGUAAAGGAAGGUAGCAAUAGCUAAUAAAAUCAAUGGAUAUCUGUGGGUUAGGUGAAUUACUUAAGUGUUAAGGUCUAAGGGGACCAAGAAUGUGUAACAUUGUCCUGAGCAGUUUGGACCUUGAAGAUGCUCCACUACUGACACAAGGGCAGCUACAGUUGGGCAGCUACAUAAGGACUUUAGAGUGAAUGGAGGGGGUGUCAAUCCACUGCAUGCCAUCAUGUUGUUCUGCUCAUUUGUUUGAAUGAAGCCUGUAAAGGGGGGGGCACAGGGCACUUGCGUGGAUUGUGCCCCAUUUCUGAGUAGGAAUCAUGGCUCUGUAUGUCUGAGAGAGGUGUGAGGGGAUGCAGGGAGGGAUUGGGGUGGGGGGCAGGAACCCUCGCGGUCAGUCUGUAGCGCUUCCAUUGAUUACCGUUCACAUGGAGUACACUUGAUCAAGUUUUUUGAAGACUUCCUAUGCAACUUGUUUGUGGUUUUUUUUUUUUACUUUUCUAAUAAAAAUGGUUUCUAAUA